AUGACUCUCGGCUUAGAAAGUGCUUUUAAAAUAGUCUUCGGCGUGUCGCGGGUUCUUGGUGUUGCACCCAUCAGGUUUUCGGAUAUGCCCCGUGUUUCCAAAAUAUUGGUUAUAUAUGGCGGCAUAUUGCUUUUGCUUACAAGCUACGUAUAUGGAGGUGAGGGUGCAUUUUUAGUAGCAGAGUGGAUUAAAAAAAGAGGAGACGUUAACUUCACAGUGAAGGGCAGUUUAAUGCGCCUGUUGGAAGCGUCCGUCGAUUAUAUCAUUUAUGUUUAUGCGAUCGUGAAAAGUGUACCACGAACGAAGUUUUUAUUGAAAAUUGUAAAUGAUCUUAAAAAGCCUUUUGAACAAUCAAGGAAAAGCAAGGACAUGCCAAAAGAAAGAAACACUAUUUAUUUUUGUCUAAUAGUGAUAACUUUUAUUGGCUUCAUUUCAAGGACAGUCAAACAUAUAGUAGACGACUACAACCCCGACAAAGACAUAAUCUGUAUUGAAUUCGGGGACACCAAUGAUGUGGAUGCUAUCAAAAGAAUCACACAUAUUUACAUUUCUUAUUGCAAUUUCGUACGAGAACUAAAUGCUUGUGAAAGUGUUCUUAUCAUGGCACACGUGUACAAAUCAGCAAUGCACCUUAUUGGAAGCCUUAUCUUACUGGCCUUCUCUAUUUUAUCUUACUUUGAGUACAGCUCUUCUCAGCUUUGGAUCAACCGCGCUCUUUACUUUAGCUCCAUGAGUAUAUUUUACAGUAUGUUGUUGUUCCUACUUGUAGAACCGUCAUAUCAAGCGAACAUUGAGAUUAAACAAACCUAUCUCCUCGUUGGCAAAGAAUUAAACAAAGCAUUGGAACGUAACGAUGUGAUAGAGAUGUCGGAACUGCGGGCAUUGUUAAAACAGCUUCGUCUCAAUCGACCAUUUUACAGUGGAUUUGGAUUGUGCAUGUUGGAAAGACCUCUUCUGACGACUGUACAAAUAAUAAGAUCAUCUGAGAAAGAAGAUAAACGAAUCAUUGCGCAUCUAGUGAUACCGGCGGCUGUGUUUAUUUUUAUGUUCAGAAUCCUGAAAUUCAUCAGGGACAGAAAUCAUUUUGGAGAAGACCUAUUCCGACAGGCCAAGCUGUUCCUAAUGAUUCUAUUCAUUCGUUGUACGAUCGAUCUUAUCCUUCUUCAAUUUGUUGUUGUGGCUUUAUCCAUCAACAUGUUGCUGCUAGCCUUAUAUGAAGAUCUUCGGCAACUGGCUAACAAUAUUCAGAAAAUUCGCGAAAUGGCCCGUACCUACGUGACGUAUUGUGGUUUAGUACGUGAAUUGAACGACUGUGACAACAUUCUCCUGCUGGCUCAGCUGUUCAGGCUGACCAUGCACUUGGCCGGCAACCUUGUUGCUUUUCUGCUGUUCCUCUCGUCGCAUUUCACCAACCUGGAUCUGGACGCGCGGGUUUUCAUGAUAUGCUACAACAGCUUUGGAAUGAUGUUCUAUGGAAUUUUAAUGGUGUUAGUAGUCGAACCAUCUUAUAGAGCAGAAAUUCAGCUCAAGAAAAUCAAACUUCUAAUUGAUAAGACAAUAUGUCACGUUUUAGAGAAAAAAGCAUUCGAAGAAUUCACUGAACUGCAAAUUCUGUUGCGACAGCUGCAUCUCAAUAAGCCAGUUUACAAAGCGUGCUGUGUAUUCACCCUAAAGAGACCGUUUGUUAUUACUGUGUUUGGUGGUAUUGCUACGUUCUUGGUACUAGUCUUUCAAUCAUCUCCCAUUACAUUGUUCUACUAA